AUGCCACCCACAAGGAAUUCGACACUUAGAACGGAGCGGACCCAUGAAGAGAAUCAAGAACGUGCCUAUAUUGCGGCCUCCCACCGGACAGACAGAAGUCUCGAGGCCCGUAUGGAAUCGGCGCGAAGGGCGUCUGAAAUCCAUAAACAACGGACGGGGAAAUUCUUCAAGAUAACGGAGAAAGCUGUACUAGCAGGGGAGGUGUAUAUGGACGACGACGACGAAAUCCCAGCACCAUACUACCAACUUGACCAACAACUCAAACCAGAUGCCCCCAAUCGAGAGGAAUUCUUCAAAAGAUUCGUGGAUUACCUCACCGUCAAUGUUGGUCUACGGCGUAGGUUAGAAUCAGCUAUCGGAGAAGCAAAAGUUCAGAGUGCUGGCAAUGGGGAUCCAGCUGCAGCACACAAAAGAGGGCCUGCUUCGGCAUCAUCAGGGCUUCAAGAAGGGUCAGCACUUGAGCAAGGCCAGGGCCCGAGUAGGGGCAUCCAUAUACCAUCUUUCUCUUCAACCGUCUUCAUCCCGCCAUAUCAGGGCCAGUUACAGUCUACUACUCCAGAACCAUCAAAUUCGCCUAGUCCACCUGCUAUGGUAACACAUACUCACCCACAAGUCGCUACGGGCCAAUUUCAACCUCCAAUAUCCGCUAAUGGGACACAAUUUCACAUGGGCCCAGUAGGUCUAGGAACUCUUCCUCCACAUUAUUUCGAAGGCACAUAUCUAGGUCGAAGACAAACGGUACCUGCAAUAAGGAUACCUCAACAAAUUUCUCCCCCUUCUGCUAGUGCGCCAGUAUCAGGCUUGUCUCAAAAUCCAUACUAUUCCGCUGUUCUAACACCCGAACAAUAUCAAGUUCUAAGCCAAAACUUUUCUACUGGGCGUUCAUCUGCCAGCGCUGCAGAGGCUGUAGGAAGCCCUAUGAGCGACAUAUCAAUGGCAUCUUUUCGGACGCCAUUAAAUCCCACGACACCAUCAGUGGGUAGUGGAUCUCCUGAAUGUUUACUAGUGAGGAGACCUUCAGCUCCUGGUAGAAUCUCAGAAUCCCCUUUACGAACAUCAACAUUUAGUCCACAUUUAAAGCAGCAACAGAAACUCUCUACCAACUCUGAAAAUUUUAAUAUGAAUACAAAUCUCAGCAUACGUCGUCAAACUCCAAAUAUAGCAACCCAGGAUUUAAACAGUCCAAUUAUAUCAGUAACACCGACAUCAAGGGAAGGAACUAAAAGCAUACCUCAAUCUCCUGCCACAAAACGUAAGGCAACAGACAUAAGCGGGGAAGAACGACCUGCAAAGUCUUCUAGAUCAGAUGAUAGCCCCACUAGGACCUCGUAUUCGCCAGUUCAAAACCAGGCUGCUCAAAAUCCCAUCUUAGACACAGACUUCGGUCUCUUUGAUUUCUCCUUACCGCAAAACUAUAAAGAUAUCCUCUACGGCCCUGGCAUGUUCAUGCCUGGAGACGCAGCUCUAUCUUUCGCUGGUCUCACAGCCCGGGACUUUAAUUGUGCAGGAAUCUCUACGACAUGCCCUACAGAAACACCUGGUAUAUCUCUGCCAGUUUAUGAUAUCUCAGAUUCGGAAUCGGGCCAUAAUAAUGCAACACAAAACCAAAGUCUCCCCAUCAAUCCGCCAUUAACAUUUAACAUGAGUUUUUCAAAACAUAACAACGAUUCCUUCGAAAACUUCGAAGAGAUGUGGCGGAAAUACUUCUUAGACAGGGGGGUACAACCUCAUACAGCAAAUACGGGUUAUCCGGCGGGGCAACAUGGUAUAGAUCCUGGGGGGUCAUUCCCUUCUUGA